AUGAAUGCCGAUAAAAUCAAAAAUUUAAAGAAUUUCUUUGAUUCUGAAUAUUUUACACCUGAGAUGCUAUUACAAAACAUUUCUAAAUAUAGAGAAUAACCUGACAUACUUAAUUUAUUAUACACUAUUAUGCUAAAUUUAGAAGAUAAAAUAAUUUCAUUCUAUUCUCCAUAAUUUUGUUAAUUGUUAAUCAAAACUGAAAUUGCUUAAUUAUUUGAUUUUUUCAAGAAAAAAUGCAGUUAAUCAAGACCUUUAUUUUUUAAUGUAUGAAUAUAAUGUUAAAUUUAUAAGCUUUAUUGGUUACUUGGUGCAUAUUUAUAAUUAGAAAAAUAGAAAAAAAAGAAGGAAAAAAUUGAUUUAUUUUUAAGGGUAUGAGAUUUAAAAUUAAUAAAAAAGCAAAUGGAAAUGUCAAUGGUAAAUGGGGAGUUUAAUGAGAAAGCAUUUGAGAUUUAAGAUUAAGAAUAAUUGAAUUAAAUUUUACUGAAAGAUUUUUAGUAAAAAGAUUUAAGACAAGAAUAUUUUACAGAAAUGUAAAAGUUUAUGGGAACAUUGAUAAAACAUUCAUUAGUAUUGAAGGAAUUUCCAAAAGAUGAUAGAAAACAUCAUUUAAAAUUGUUAAUACAGAAACAAAAUUAAAAUUUAUAAAAAAUAGUAAAAAANUAUCUUUGA